AUGUUUGUCAACAUCAACGUUUAUCAUUGCUUGUCAACGCCUAUCAACCAUCAACGUCUAUCAAUUCUUAUCAACCUCUGGCUAAGUCAUGAUAGCUCUGGCUGGGUCAUGGUCGAUAUCCUAAAGUUUAUUGUCAAUAUCAGCUUGUUAAUGUCAUUGAACAGCUCCGUUAUGUCCACAAUAACCUCCCUCGUUAUGUUUCUACACCCUGGCCAUCUCUUACCCCCGUAUAUAUACAGGGUCGACCAGCUACUCGCCACCUCCAUAUAUAUACAAGGGGUAUGUCAUGUCACAUGGCCGCCUGGCACCCUGAUGUAUAUGCCACCGGGUACCCAGGGUGUGUCAGGGCCAUGUUGUCACCUCGUAUAUACGGGUGAGUGGUCAUGGCACCUGGUAGCCAGGGUGUGUCACAGGGCCAUGCGUGUUAUGGGCAUGCCAGACCGUAACUACACAUGCCUGAGUCGAACUAAACAUGCCGGACCCCAGCCAAGGGAGUCGUUGACACAACGUUCAGUUAUCAUUGUAACAGUGUACCUACCACCCUGGUACGGCACUUACAAGGUACCUACUACCCUGUUAUCAGUCCAUCAAGGUACCUACUACCCUCAUAAGGUACCGUCAACACACAUAACUUUUACCAAGGGCAUUGACAGGGCACUGAUAGCACACAUAGGGCACUGGUACUACACAGACAUGGUAGGUAUUACCCUGUUAUCACUUCGUGAGGGUACCUACUACCCUCAUAAGGUACCGUCACCAUGUGCAAGGGUUGUAUAUCAUUCCGACAGGACACAUAACACCCUCAUAAGGGUACCUAUUACCCUAAAUAAAGUACCGUCACCAUGUGCAAGGGUUGUAUAUCAUUCCGACAGGGUACAUAACACACCGAUAUCACUCCCUCAGGAAGACAGCUACCCGUUGGAUACCAUGCUGACACCUUACCAAACACCCAGAUAUAGUACCUUCAUUGUACCAAACACUCUGAUAUCAUGGCUAAUACGUUACCAACCACACCGAUAUAGUACCUUCAUUGUACCAAACACCUUAAUACCAUGCAGAAAUUAUGUCAACACCAUACUUAACACACUGAUACCAUGCAAACAUCACCGAUAA